UGUGUGUGUGUGUGUGUGUGUGUGUGUGUGUGUGUGUGUGUGUGUGUGUGUGUGUGUGUGUGUGUGUGUGUGAUCGUGUUUGUAUAACACGUGCGUCGUGAUAUACCGCUGUCUACCACAGGUAAUGUCGAAGGCAACAAUGGUAUUCCUUACCCACCGAAUAGUUACCUCAGUAUCCCGGCGUUGUGGCCCACAUACCAUAAGGCGGAGAAAGCGGAAUCAAUAAUCCUAGUUAAAAUAUCUGAGAAUUUAUUUACAACAGAACACAUGAUCUGUUAAGCCUAAAGAAACAAAAUAGGUCGGUGUGAGAGUGUAUGGGAGGGACAAGAAAAGCGUGAGUGUAAGUCCUUGUGUGUGUUCGUGCGUGUGUUAACGUUCCAUAUAUAGUGUGUGAGCCCUGCCAUAAAUACCCACCAUGGAAUCUAUGUGCAUUCUUCCAAAAUCAAAUUCCCUCUCAGCUGGAUGGCGCCUCCAACUGCGGUACGUGGUGGCAUUCCUGGGAUUCUUGGGUGCCAUGGUGGACUAUAUCGUCCGGUACAGCAUCAGUGUGGCUAUCGUGGCUAUGGUCAACGCCGCGCACCCUGUGAACAACGCCUCCCACGCAAGCAACGCUUGUCAGGCCGCCCUCAAUGUUACGGAUGAAGCCGGUGACGCUGAGUACAAGGGAAAUGGCGAGUACAACUGGACGAUCCAGCAGCAAGGAAUCAUCCUGGGAACUUUCUUCUGGGGUUACUUCAUCACGAAAAGCUCAGGAGGCCGCAUAAGUGAGCUUCUUGGCGCCCGAGAAACAAUGGCCGUAAGUCUGGGCGCGUCGGGCAUACUGUCCCUGCUGUGUCCCGCGGCGGCCCACCUGCAUCCCAUGGCGCUGGCAGGGGUAAGGCUGGUAAUGGGCCUCGUGCAGGGCCCUGCCAACCCUGCCCUGUACAGCGUCCUCUCCAGGUGGUCGCCGCCGAACGAAAUGGCCACCCUGGUCACGUUAGCCUACUCAGGUAUAGCCGGCGGCAGUCUGGUGGCGCUGGGAGCCUCGGGGUGGGUGGUGAAGCUUUUCGGCUGGCGGUGGAUUUUCUGGGGCGGCGGUAUCCUGGCGCUGGCCUGGACGCCCUUGUGGCUCUUCUUGGUCAGGAACUCCCCCGAGCAGCACCCUCUUAUCUCUCGGGCGGAGCUGGAACUCCUUGCAGACACCCUCCACGUUAAGCCAAGGCGAAGCGUACCUUGGCGGCGUCUCCUUCGCUGCUGGCGGUUCUACCCGAGCGUCGUCGCCGAAAUGGCCAGCUCCUGGGUUUCGAACCUCACUACUACCGAAGGAGCCAUAUUCCUCAAGACGCAGAUCGGGCUGGACCUUCGGCAGGUGGGCUGGGUUCUCUCGGCGGGUCAAGGGAGCUCCUGCGCCGCGACCUUCGCCUUCGGGAGGGUGUCUGACGUGCUUGUAAGGCGCCGAGUCCUCACCAAGCUCAACACCAGGAGGCUCAUGCACAGUCUGGGUGCGCUGAUGAUCGUGGGCGGACUCCUGUGCAUCGUGUGGGCGGGGUGCCAGGCGGAGGUUGUGGCUGUCAUGAUGGUGCUCGUCGUGGUGGGCAGCGCGUCCACCCUCUGCACCUUCCAGCUGGCGCCCAUGGAUCUCGCGCCCAACUACGCGGGAACAUUGUCCGGUCUCCUUGGUUUGGGCAACAUUAGCGGUUUCGUGGCUCCUCUCGUCACUGCUCAGCUGGUCACGAAGACUGGAAGCUGGCUGUCCUCCUUUCUCCUUGGCGGAGGCAUCUACCUCGUCGCCAGCAUCCUGUAUGUUGCGACGGUCACCACCCAAGCCCAAGAAUGGAAUUAUUACGAAGAAAUACUAUCUUAGAACAUAUUUUAAAGCAGGAACAAGACUAAAACAAAACAAUAAAGAAAAAAGAAAAGAAAAGGAGAGUAACAGAAAAGCAACUUUUUUAAUGGAGGAAAUGGGACACUUGCAUAACGUUGUUGUUGUCUGUCCAAAUACAUCUAAAGGUACAUUAAGAUUGGAUACACAGUUCCAGGUGCUGUGCCGUUGAAUAGAUAGUUUACAAUACUAUUAACCUUUUAUGAACAAUAAAGCUUUUUAUACACUA